GGGGGGGUGCAGCAAAGCAAAGCAAAGCAAAGCUAGGAGCAACAAGGAGAGAGUCGAAGAGGGAUUAUCUGUUAACUAUGCUUAUCUGCGUGUGAUAUGGCAGUGAGAAAAAAAAGUGCCCAAACUGCUUUACUGUAGACUGUAGCUCAGAGGAUUGUUAAACCACACGGAGGCCCGAAUCAGUCUGAAGUUUAUGUUAGCAGUCUGACGUUAGCUCAUGCUGCUAGCUUAACUCCUGCUGGUGACUUUAAACAACUUGUCAACAGCCCGAUCAAGACGAGGCUCAUUCUCCCCUCCCUCCUUGUUUAUUUAGCUCGGUGGCAGUGUGUCGUUUGCGAAGAGAUCCUGUGAAUCCGCAGCAGCAUUGACAGAGUGGAGCUAUGAUGACAACGUGACAGGAGGGGAGCCGCUGAGUCAGCUUCAACCGCAGCUAUGGAAGAGUUUCAGCAAACUGAAACUGUGCAGCACAAAAGGGUGAACGGCUACUCUGAACCCAAAUCCCCCCAGAACACAGCUGAUGUCAGGUGGACGCCACCACAGGGAGAGUCUGGUGGUUCUGACAGCUGUGGGGGGACAAGUGUGUCGGAGCUCACCGACCUACAAGAGCUGAAGGGCAGGGAAAGUGAGGAUGAGGAGGACAGGGAGGAGACAGAAGUAGUCCCUGCCUCUAAAGGCCUCAAGGGGGACCAGAAGAAAAAAGAGAAAGAAAGUCUGGAUCAGGUGGAGAACAAUCAUAGCAAGAAGAACAGCAGUGCAGCAUCCAGCUACACAGACCUGUCGCACACGUCGUCACCCUCGUUAUCAGAACAGCUUCGUCUUGGCCGAGAAGACAGCACCGGGGCUGGGAUCAGCGUGGAGUGUAAGGUCUGUGGAGACAAGGCCUCUGGUUUCCACUAUGGUGUGCAUGCCUGUGAGGGCUGCAAGGGCUUUUUCCGGCGAACUGUGCGGAUGAAACUCGAUUAUGAUCGCUGCGAGCGGUCUUGCAAGAUUCAGAAGAAGAAUCGAAACAAGUGCCAAUAUUGUCGCUUCCAGAAGUGCCUGUCUUUGGGAAUGUCCCAUGAUGCGAUCCGAUACGGACGUAUGCCUGAGGCGGAGAGGAAGAAGCUGGUUGCGGGCCUGCUUGCAGAAGAACUGAAUGUUGGUAAACCAGGUGGCUCUGACCUGAAGACCUUGGCCAAACAAGUCAACACAGCCUACUUGAAGAACCUCAGCAUGACCAAGAAGAGGGCCCGCAGUAUCCUGACCGGCAAAACCAGCAGCACCUCGCCGUUCGUGAUCUACGACGUGGACACACUCUGGAAGGCAGAAAGUGGUUUGGUUUGGAGCCAGUUAGUUCCAGGUGCGCCCCUGACCAAGGAGAUCGGUGUCCAUGUUUUCUACCGCUGCCAAUGCACUACAGUUGAGACUGUGCGAGAACUCACAGAGUUUGCCAAGUGCAUUCCAGGGUUUGUGGACCUCUUCCUUAAUGACCAGGUGACUCUGCUGAAGUAUGGGGUGCAUGAGGCUAUUUUUGCCAUGCUUCCUUCACUCAUGAACAAAGAUGGGUUGCUGGUGGCCAACGGCAAGGGCUUUGUCACCAGGGAGUUCCUGCGCAGCUUAAGAAAGCCUUUCAGUGAGAUCAUGGAGCCCAAGUUUGAGUUUGCUGUAAAGUUUAAUGCCCUGGAGCUGGAUGACAGCGACUUGGCCCUGUUUGUGGCUGCCAUCAUUCUCUGUGGAGAUCGUCCCGGGCUAAUAAACGUGAAGCAGGUGGAGCAGAGUCAGGACAGCAUUCUCCAGGCACUAGACCUCCACCUACAAGCAAACCACUCUGACUCAGUCUACCUCUUCCCCAAGCUGCUGCAGAAGAUGGCCGACCUCCGCCAGUUGGUUACAGAGAACAUUCACCUUGUCCAAAAGAUCAAAAAGACUGAGUCUGAGACCUCGCUCCACCCUCUACUACAGGAGAUCUACAAAGACAUGUAUUAGUAUUCAGCACAGGCUGCUUUUAGCAAUACUGUUACAAACUGAACUGACAUUUAUAAUAAUACACUUCAUUCAGUUCAAGCACUGGUCCACGUACGGGCAUGGAUUUUAACAAGUCCACAUGAGGCAAAGUCAAGUGGUAGGGCGAAAACAAUCAACAAAGUCUUCUCAAUGUCAGCAUUACCCUCAGCACAGCAGUGUGUGUGUGUGUGUGUGAGUAUGUGUGUGCAAGAGAUGAGCAUCUGGAAUCAUUUGCUGCAAGUCCUAGUUUUCCACAACAUUCACUUAACAGAGAGACUGGUAUGUUUUCUCACCGAGGCUGCUCCUAUUACAUCCUAAUAGCAAAGUUGACCCCCUGAGCAGUAUUGAGAGAGCUUCUCCUCACUCACCUCAGCUCUGUGUUUCUAGUGAAGGGAAAGCAUUUCAUAUUCUUACACCAAUGGCAUAUUUCAUUUAGAAAUGAGUUUUCAGCUCACAUUGUUGAAGAGUUUCUUAAAAUGCCUUUUGGUAGAGUGAAUGUUCUCAGACUUUUGGCAAAACUGAAGAUGCACACAUUUGUUUUUUUGUUUACAUCAUUAUCAUGAUUAUCAAUGACUGCUACUUUUGCCUUCUGGUUUCUAGAACACAAACUGGGCUGGCUCCAGCAGUGCAGAGCUCUCUCAAAGCAGCUCUCUGUGCAAUACCCUUUUUCCAUUUGUCAAUAAAUGUGGAGAUCCAAGUUACAUAGGUUUUGUCUUAAAGCCAUAUACCUAAGUGGUAACUUAAAUAUGGACUAUGCUGCACAGAUUUUGUUUCUGAGGCUGACACUAUAAACACACGACCCAUUCAAGUACAAGGGACCGCAUGUUUUUUUUCCUUUAUGUUAACAAGCAAAUUAUCACAAUUGCCAUUUUUAUUUUUUUUCUUAGUUGAAUUUGUAAUGAUAUGACUAAUUAUUUGUAAUUGUUGAUCAUUCUUGCUAGGACAAAACAUGAAUUAUCAUCUUGUUUUAUGUACUAAAUAUUUUUGUUUCUUUUGUUUUCCAUGCCUGACUAUUUAGUUUAGAUUUUACCAAAUAUAUCAUCAAGCAUACCUACAAACUUUUCCUUGUUGAGGAAUUUUGGUUUCAUGCCUUAGCGGGAUUAACCUAAAACCAGCACACAGUACCAUAAUGUCAUUACUGGAUAGAAACUUACCAUCCAAUAUCCGAUAUAAAUCUCUGUAUUUACCCAUGAUACAACCAGUCUUAAAUUCUCUGGUAGACACGACAUGUAACAGCCUUACAUUACUGUAGGAUUCAUGAUUUCCACUUUUUUCCUCCCUCUGUUACACCGCCUUUUUUUCCACUGUACUUUUCUGAAUGGACUUCAGUGUUUCGUCACUGGUGCACAGUCUUCUCCUCUUGUGCUCUUACUCUGUCUUGAUCCCUAUCUACCUCUAAUGUAUGAUCUCUGACAUUAUUCCACUGUCUCAUCUUAUCUCUUACCUUUUUUUUUUUUUUUGGGCCUUAAUUCCUGCUAUUGGUGCAAAUUUGAUAUUAUUGACUGAUGUGCAGAGUGCCAAGGUAGUGAAGUGUGUGGAUGGAUAAAAGAAGAAAGUACACCAAAAACGGUUGUCGAUGUAAGCUA